AUGCAGCAGCCAGUUAAAGGACUGGAGGAGAGCCAAAUGCCAGCUUCCAAGUUCCAAGACAUGGAUCAGACUGCUGCUUCGAAUCAUCACAUCCGAAGAAAUCAAGCGCCUACAUAUGAUGACUUGCUUUGGAAAAAUGAGCAGCUGAGUUUCCAAGUAGAAUUUCUAAAGCUGGAGUUAAAACAGCUGAACAGACUUCAGGAGACUGUGGCUCUGCUGCAGGACAGCCAGAGGUCUUUGCUGUCUACAAACAACUUCCUGAUGCAACAGUUGAACAAAGAGAACAGUCCUGCUGUUCACAGAACACCGCUUCCUUCUGAAAGGUGCAGCACUCGUGGGAGAUCUCCCCCCCUGGAGAGAGCUGCUCCGGGACCACCGGCGCACAGCCCUGGUCAGUACCGCAGYACAGAGCAGUUAUGCAAUUGCCCUCUGUAAAGGGAAGCAGACAGACAGUAAGAAUGGAUUGUGGUCCGUUUUGUAUCGACUGAAAUGUCAUGCAUGCAUUUAAAGAGGCUGAAUCUAAUAUUUGCUUUUACCACGUUCUUAWCUUCCUACUUCAGCUUUCCCCCAAAGCCCUAAUAACAUCUGAGUACCAGUGUUCUUGCAUUUCUGUCCCAU